AAGGCUAGUCCGGACGAGGACGCGGGCGGGCGGAGAAAGAGAAGUCCACGAAAGGCGGACAUGGAACCGGAAUGCGGAUUUAGGACCUCGGGGCAGCAGACAAGAGAGAGAGAGAUGAAGGCGAAAUUGCAGAAAUUGCAUCGGGCCCGAUUUGUCACCUUUGCCACUUCACUCUCGUGGUCUGGACCGUAAGCAGUCGCCCAUCGGAAGGCAUAUGCCGAGAGAAUAUUCCGGUUUGAGAGGGAUGCUGCCUCGACUCGUGCAUUUGAGUCGCAUGAUGGCCACCGGUUUCGUUUGAUUGCCGAGCAAGAAAACUCGAAACGGAGGGAGAGAGGGGGAGAGGGACUGUCACCAGCGUUCAGUUGAGGCGAUGGGUCAAGAGGCAGAGCAGUUGUCCGGUGUUCGUUAUACUGACGAGCUGACUUGAUCGGGUGGGCCGGGGUGGGGUGGUGGCGGGGGAAUUAUGAGCGAGUGGACGAAUUUUGGGCUGGAUGAGCGAUAGCGCCAGCGCUGACACGGGAGGAGGGUCCUUGACUUCUGGAGCUUAGUGCGAGAGCGGAAUCUGGACGGUCUGUGUGCGAGAGGUGUGCCCUUUUUUGUUGGGGGAUCGAGGAGAGAGGCGGACCCGAAUUUGAAUCGUAGGGUGGAAGAGGUCGGAGAAUUAGUGGGAGGAGUUGACGAUGGGCAAGCGUGGAAAAUUCAUCUCCGUUCCGCAACAUGACGGAUCGCGAUUUGUGUGUGCUGCAUGGGCUACACAUCAUCGAAUCGAGAAGGAAAUUGCGGAUCAUGUUUUCCUUGGUACAGAGGGCAGCGACGAGAAGGGGGACGUAGUGGCUUUGAGCCGUUACGACUGGGAUGCGGAUGUUUUGUCCGAGCCAAAAACAGAUUUUCCAUUGGAAGAUGGUACCCCACUAAGGAUCGCAGUUCAUCCAGGUGGGGAUGGUGCCAUUAUCUCCUUCGCUGAGAGCUGCAGCUUGUUUGAAUGGGAAGAAUGGGACGAUGAUGAUAUCAGAUCUUCGAAAGGAAGGUUCGAAUUAGAAUUGAAGUUGAUUCCAGCUAUCCGACAACUCGGUGGCCUUGAAAACGUUGGGCCGCAGAACUGUCUAACAUUUAGCUGUGACGGCUCGUUUUUGGCCACUGGUGGCGAGGAUGGCCAUGUGCGUGUUUUUGAGUGGCCAACUAUGGACAUCGUUCUCGAUAUUCCUAACGCUCACAAAUUUGUCAAGGACAUGGAUAUCAGUUUGGAUUCUGCCUUCCUGUCAACAACCUCAGACAAUAGCCCAUGUCGAAUAUGGGACAUAUCAGCUGGUUCAGGACUGCUUAUGACGCUGCCCUAUGAGGAGGGAGAGAACUUCGGCUUUUGUAGAUUCUCGCGAGACGGAAUGAAGCCCUUCUUAUUUAUCUCAGUGACAACAAAAGAGCAGGAUGGUCUGGUGAGUGUGUGGGACUUGGCUACUUGGAGACGAUUGGGUGCUAAAAAGUUUUUGGACGAACCCAUCACUUCCAUGGCAAUAAGUCACCAUGGAAAGCGGCUUGCCAUUGGAAGUCAGACUGGUGAUAUAUCAAUCAUCGAAGUGAAGAAGAUGGAGGUGCACCAGCGAAUCAGAUUUGCCCACCUACAAAGCAUCAAUUACCUGGAAUUUUCACCAAAUGACAAAGCGAUCCUCUCCCUUGCCACCGACUGCAGCUCGCGUGUUUCGGCUGUUGAUCUGAGCCAUGAAUGGAAGGAAUGGCAGCUGUAUCUUGUUUUAGCGCUUAUGGUUUUGGUGUCGAUGUUUUUGUUCUACUUGCUGUAUGAAUUUGGAGAUUCAUUCUGGCAGUUCCCCAUGGGAAAGGAUCAGCCUCACAGACCACCAAGAGAGGCUCUAGGUUAUGAUGAUUUGGUGGACUACAAGACAGAUCUCUAGAACCAUGGAUGAUUCCGAAAUCGAAAUUCUUCACCGACUAACGCAAAUAUGGAUCGACUCGGAUGAUUAAAAAAUUAGGAGCUAUUUAGAGUCGUGCAAAAGUUUGCUCACUUUUUGUCAGAAGCAAACUUUCUCAAGAUACGAGGGAGGAUCUUCCAUAACCAAGGUUGUCAUGUUCAGAUCUUGUUGUGUAGUCUAGUACCCCUUGUCCCUCAACAGCUUACCGGGCACAAUCUUAUUUCACAGCCUUAACAGCUCUUCAGCGCAGCAUGCCUUUUUCGUAAAGUGAGUGUCAUCUGUACUGCCCGUAGGGUCAAGUUAAGGCAUCUCGCAAUAUGGUCCAAAGAUAAGAUUGCAGUUGAGGACUGCAACUGUCGUCUGUCCGCCUCUUUUUCUUCGUGUUAUUAGUUACAUGGAAACCCCAUUUCUGUGCUUGAGAAAGAGCCCGGAGAACGUGCCUUACUAGGAGCUUUGGACUCUAGGACCAUCUCAUGCUCUUAAAGUUCGUCUGACAGGAAUUAAAUAAAUUGGACGAGUUAGGUCAGCCGAUCGAUUUUAUUUCCGAUCUGAUUGUAAAAAUGGACUCUGCCUUCGUCCCAUGACCUGAUUGAAGGCAGAAAUGAAAAAUAAUUUAUUGCAAAAC